CAUGUUUCUCUAUUUAACACCUCCCCCUUUCAUUCUCCACUUCCAUUCACAACACAACACCCAUGGCUUCUUUCUCUUCUUUUUCGAUCCUCCUCCUCCUCCCAUUUCUCUCCUGCCUCCUACUUUCCCCGGCGGAACCCCGUCCCACCGCCAUCGACAAUCAACCCAACUCCCGGGAGGCAUUGGAAAUAAUCAUCGGUGGCGGCGGUGGGAACAAUCCCGACCCAAAUCCUCCAGAGACUCCAGAGUACCCACCUGACUGCCCUCCGCCGCCACCGCCACCAUGUCCGCCGCCGCCGCCGGAGUUCGAGAACGAGCGGCUGAAGAAGGCAUACUUCGUGAUACAGAGACUGAGGAGGAAAAUCACGAGCGGGAGGAUGGACGUGGUGAAGACAUGGACGGGGAAGGACGUUUGCCGGUACAAAGGGUUCCGAUGCGACCCUCUGCCGGUGGAGAAAGAGAGGAGCAUUUCUGCAGUGAGCUUUAAUGGGUUCAGAUUUGGAGGUCCGGAGCUGUUUCUUGAAGGAUUUAUGGACGAAUUGGAUGAUAUUGCGGUUUUUCAUGCCAAUUCUAAUUUCUUUCGUGGCCCAAUUCCGAAGAAAAUCAAUCGCCAGCGAUUCUUUUAUGAGAUGGAUCUAAGUAACAACAAGCUUCCAGGGGAGUUUCCGACAAACGCGUUGGGAGCGUCGGAGCUAACAUUUCUGGACCUUCGAUACAACAACUACUGUGGACCAAUUCCGGACCAAAUUUUCAACAUGGAUAUUAUCAGCGCCAUUUACAUUAACAACAACCAAUUCACUUCAAAUCUUCCAUACAAUUUAGGCAAAACUCCGGCGAAGUACUUGACAUUCGCCCACAACCAGUUUUCUGGACCCAUUCCCAGAAGCAUCGGAGAAGCCAAGAAGACAAUGGAAGAAAUUGUGUUCUUCAACAACCAAUUGGAAGGUUGUUUGCCGUUCGAGAUCGGUUUGUUGGAAAACGCCGUGUUGUUUGACGCCGGAAAGAACCUCCUCACCGGCCCCAUCCCGCUUUCCUUCGCUUGCUUGGCUAAGGCCGAGCUUCUCUAUUUGGCCGACAACCAAUUCUACGGUCCCGUGCCGGAAGAGAUCUGCAAGUUGCCUAAACUUGGUAACUUCACCUUGAGGAACAAUUUUUUCACUCAGGUGGGACCAACAUGCAAGAAACUAAUAAAGAAGAAGAUUCUAGACGUUUCAAACAACUGCAUUCCAGGACUCCCAAAGCAGAGAUCCAAAGAAGAAUGUAUAGAAUUUGCAUAUAGACCCAAAUACUGCGGGAACGACAUGUCGUUCACUUACCUACCUUGCAAAAACAAUUACUAUCUUCAUCCCCACGUCUCUAAACCUAACGAUAACGUAAACUACGUGUCGCCAAAGAAAACUUAUGCCGCUCUCACUCCCCCACCCCAAUAAUUAAAUCUCCUCCAAAACUUUAUAAUUUUCAUUUCAUUAAUAAAUUACUUUGUAUUGUACAGGCCGACUUUCUCAUAAGCAUAAACAAAUAAAUAACCUAUUAUUAUAGGCCAACUUGAUGCUCCACGGUCGUUGUUUAUGUUUUUUUUUUUUUUUCCCCUUCUUUUUUACAUAUAUAUUAUUAGGGUUUUUGUUUGUUUUUUCUUGUUAUUAUUUUUUUCUUUUUUCCCCAACCCCUUAUAGGGUAGGUUGAUUUUAGUUGACUUUUUAAGGAACUGUUGACGUGUUAUACUUAUGAAUCC